AGAAAGAGAGAUGAGGGGGGGUGUACAGAGGUAUAGAGGAGCUGUCCGGGCUCCGUGGUGCUGAAACCGCAGUCGCUCUGAUCGUUUCCAGUGGAGGGUUUUUGUCGGGCUGUUUAGUCUCUGGUCGACAAACGGAAGGGCCGCCGUGACGAAAAACGACGGCAGCGCGUGGCGGACGACGGCUCUUUUCUCCUCCUCUCUCCCCUCCUCCUCUUCUCUUUCACCUCCUCCUCCUCUUCUUCGCCUUCCAGCGUCGCUCCGGCUGCUUUUUCUCCGACAUGCUCGGCGCUGCUGGCUGCCUCAGCGAGAAAGGCAGGGCGGUCCGGCGGCCAGGGAGGAAGCGCUCGGGCAGCGCGAGCGUGAGCGAUUGAGAUGGAAAUUCGAGAGGCCUGCGCGCGCACAUGACACGAUUUUUGGAGGCUCGAAGGCUCCAAUGGGCGUGCUAGCCUACAGGACGUAAAGGAGACCAGGAUCCCGUCCGAGACACUCCAGCCUCAGCAUCAUCUACAGCGCGACUGUAGAGAGCCUUCGGGACCUGUGGACGGCGGCGGGGGGCGGUGGAUGGAAUGGAGAUCGGGAGAAUGAUUGACCUGCAGACUGAGAGCUCGCGGCAGAUCUCCAGACCUCCCGCGGCUUCGGUUCCUGCUGAGGAAUCUGCUUCAUCUGCUUUCCAGCUCAUUUCACCAACCAUCUCAAUUUGAUGGCGUUCCACCAACGGAUCUCAGAGCACGGAUCCCCAGAGAGAUCAGCAGAUUUCCACACAGCUCGACGCGCUUCCCUCCAUCUCUGAGGCUCAGCCGAGGAGAGCGUGGGAUUGAUCGGGAGUGGUGCUGUGGAUGUAGCGUUAUGAAUGCGUUGUGAGCGUGUAGGGGGCCGAUCGAGUAUCAACGGGCAAUUAGUGUAACACACACGCACACACACACACACACACACACACACACACUGGUUGCACGUAACAGUGUAAACGUGUUUUUUCCGCGCUUCGUCUCUCAGCCAAUAGCAGCGCUGGAAUGUCGCCACGCGCCUUCAGAACGUUUAACGCCUUUUGAAAAUAAACGUUCUUUCGUUUUUUAACGUUUCUUUCUGGAGGUUUUCAACGCUCGUAGACAAAACCUGACGCUACGCCGCUGAAAGUGGCCGCAUUGGGUCCGUUUUUCCGGCUUUUCCCUAACCGUCACACACGCCACACACACCUUCAGUCCAGACCUUCCCGAACGAACCGCACGCUUUUCACGCUUUAACCGUCGCUGAGUGGAGGCUUGAGAAACCGUUGGAGGUGCCCGCACCGGGCCGUUCUGUCCCCAGGGCGUCUCUAUGAGCGCACCAAGAGUCCAGCCUUUCAGGUCUUAGCAGAAGCUCCGCACUCCGUUGGCCGGUAAAAGUGGGCACAUGUUGUUGGCCGUCGGUGUCACUGCUGUGCGCUGCCGGGCAUUGCCGAGUGGGACACCGAUGCUGCGCCGCCAGGGCAAGCAGAAAGGCCGCCGUCGCGUCUUGCUCAGUGACCUGAAGGCUCUGCUGCUCAGGCCGCCGCUCGCACCCAUGAACGGACAGCAGGCGGUAGGGAGCGGCGAGGGCAGCGGCGAGUGGAGCCGGGCCGCCGGGGGGACAGAAGGGGCAGGUGGGACAGGGGAGAGCACAGGGGAGGACGGGAGCAGCUCGGCAGAGGACUGCCCCAAGGAGAAAGUGGACAUACUGGAGAAACUGGACAAGCUGGGAGAGAGACUGUCCCUCAGCAGCUGCACGGACAGCGGGGCCAGGACACCGCUUUGCAGGAUCUGCUUCCAGGGGCCAGAACAGGGGGAGCUGCUGAGUCCAUGCCGCUGCAGUGGUUCAGUGCGCUGUACUCACGAGCCGUGCCUGAUAAAGUGGAUCAGUGAGAGAGGAUCCUGGAGCUGUGAGCUGUGCUACUACAAGUACCAGGUCAUCGCCAUCAGCACCAAAAACCCACUACAGUGGCAGGCCAUCUCACUGACGGUGAUUGAGAAGGUGCAGAUAGCAGCAGCUGUGCUUGGCUCCCUAUUCCUCAUUGCCAGCAUCUCAUGGCUGGUGUGGUCUUCGCUUAGCCCUUCAGCCAAGUGGCAGCGGCAGGACCUGCUCUUCCAAAUCUGCUACGCCAUGUAUGGCUUCAUGGACCUGGUGUGCAUUGCUCUGAUCGUGCAUGAAGGCCCAUCCGUGUUCCGCAUCUUCAACCGCUGGCAAGCGGUCAACCAGCAGUGGAAAGUGCUAAAUUACGACAAGCUGAAGGACACUGAGGACCCUCAAAAGGGCGGAGCAAGCAGUGGCCUGCGCUCCCUCACCCUGCCCCUCAGUCAUCGGGUCGGGAUGUCCCCACCCAAUGGUUCCGGCCCCUCCCCGUCCACCUCCUCCCUCAUGGCGGUAACCACGGCAACUGCAACACCUGGCACCGUUAUCCCACUGCCACCGGCCGCCCCGGAAACUGAGGAAUCCUCUGAGGCGGAGAACGGGCCGGCAGGCCUGGCCGAACAUCACUGUGCGUACAACCUGCUCCAGCUCCUCAGCCAGCACCUCCGGCCACAAGAGCCCCGCCCACCAGCCUCCGCCACCACUGGUCAGACGGGCCAACCGGGAAAUAACAACCGCGAACUGGUCAUGAGGGUCACUACAGUCUGAGCACUACAGUCAGCAAUGGGAGGGACCUUUGGUACAGCUUGACCUGUUAAACUACACAGCACUUCAUGAGGGAAAUUUUUUGUGACAUUUGCUAGUUUUCUAGGCAGCCAAGUUCAGAAAGGUUCCUUCCAUUUUACUCUGGCAUUUAGCGAAAGCUGGUGAAAAUAAAGAAAUCGAUUUAUUCUCUUGUUGUGUGGAGGUAAGGAGAAAGUGAGCGAGGGUGAUAGUCAAAGUAAGGGAGAGAGAGAGAGAGAGUGAGCAUGGAUUGAUUCAGUUUUUGGUAGUAGUGGUCAGAACACAGAUUUCACAGCUGUGCAUUUUGUAGUGAAAAUGAACAGGGCAAGGGGUCAAGAGGUCAAGCUGAGAUUCAAGCACUUGCAUGUAAGUGGGCGGUUCAUUAGGGCUGCAGUUAGUAUGAGGCCACAGAAAGGGGAGAGCGUUUUCAAGCACAAACCCAACAAUGCAAGGCAGGUGCUGUAUACACACAUAGCAUUACAUUUACUACUGGGUUGAUGGAUGAAGUUUCUGAAAGAAUAAGUACGUAGAAUUAAACUGAAAGUUUAAACUCAAGUUUACACUGAAACCCACCAGGCUGCGUUCAAAUGGGUCAAUGAUGCUGUAAUGGCUGCCUGGCCUUAAUAACGGACUCUCUUACUGACCUACUGACCAGGUUAUCUUACCAUAGGGAUGACCUGUAGCCAUCGUACAACCCCCGAGGAAGUAACAAUGAAGCAAAUGUGGCCCAAGUUGAGUGAUCUUUUUCUUUGAUGGACUACUUUUGUUUACAUUUGUUAAAAUAUGUGAAAAACACAUUGCUACAUUAAAAAAGAAUGAGUGCAAUGUAAAAGAUUUAACU